UUUAAAUUGCACCCACGAUUUUAAUUAUUGAACAGUUUCGAACUUCACUCUCAUGACAUUUUCUCCAGACCGAACAGAAGGAAGCAACAAAAAGACGUCGUUUGGACCUGUACGUAUUGUAGAUGCCAAGUUUAAGCGUGAGCUGCAUGAUUUGCAUAAAUAGCGGGAGAUACCUCCACUUCAUUAUGACCUCGUCAUACGAGUGAACUAUAUACAUGUACGAGUAAAUCGAAACACUAGCCCAAAAUUCGUGGAAAUUUUCUUAGCGGAAAUCCGAUAUACGAACUCAAUCGUGUCAUUUAUGUCUAAUUAUCGUAAUUAAAGCGCUUAAUUUUGGCAGCUAUUUUUGCUCUGAUGGUACGCCACCUGUACUAAUUUGGCUAAAACGCAUCAAACACGCAAGAUUCGAACAAGUUUGGGCCAAUGUUUUUAGCUUGGUUCAAGCUUGGCCGAAUCUUGCGUGUUUGCUGGGAAAUUAUUAUAGCGCUUCGAAGGUAAUUGAGAUCGAGGUAGCCAAAACAGGCAAAAACAAUUUUAAGAGAUGAAUAAAGAUAUAUAAGUAGCAUCACGAACUACUGUCCGUGCAUGGUAGCAUUCAAGUUUAGGUUAAGUUGAAAAGUUAGGAAAAGUUAAAAAAAAAUAAUAAUAAAAAAUUAAAAAGUAGUCUUAGCGAAAAUCUAAAUAUGUUUCAAGUUAAAGACAAUCCAAAUAAUGCUGUCUCAUCAGCUGAUUCAUUCAGCGCCCGUCUGCUCUCCGGCUCCCUCCCUGUGUCCGCCUGCCCGUCUUCCUAUACAGAUCCUCGAUCUAUUAAUCCUCUUUCUGUCUUCUAUAUAUAUGUUUGUCUUUUAUUUCUUGUCUGCAAGAAUUGUUUAUCCUUCGGUCCGUCUUUUGUAUGCUGGCCAUGUCUCGUUCUUGUCUCAAGCGCUGAGAUCACGCUUCAUAAUGAGCGUGAUAGUGCGUUAUAUAAUUACACACGUUUAUUAAUUAUUAUUACAAGUAUUUUUUUUUAAAGUCGCAAAAGUAAUCAUGUGAUUGAUCAUGUGCUCAUGUGCUCAUGCGUUCCCCUACCACUUUUGUCGAAAAUGGCCGACGAUGACGCGGAAGGAGUCUCGGCAGAGAUGCUGGCACACUGGAUCCAAGAAGCAGAUAAUGGCUCAGAAGACUAUCAAGCUAAACUUGGUGUUCACUUCUUGUCACUAGCAGAUGCAGGAGUAAACAGGGAAGAGAAUGCAUCACAGGCUAUUCACUGGCUGGUGCUUGCCUCACGUCAGGGUAAUAAAGAUGCUACUGCAAAUCUGCAGAAAUGUGCAGAAACUGGAACAGGAAUUACUGAAAGCAAUAAAGACAGCGUGAAAUGGUGUUUGACGACAUCUGUGUCGGAAAAGAAAAUUCGUCAAGCAGCUCGUAAUCUGUUCCAUCAAAUAAACAAAACCCACAAAGACGUCAUUUCUCGUGAGGAGUACUUGGAGGCCAUCAGUGGCUUAACAGAUAGCAUCAGACAACAGAAACUCUUGGCUGCUGCAGGCAAGAAAAUUGGAGACCAGAUCAGUGAAAAUGAAUUUAUGAAGAUGCUGUCAAGGAGAGUACAAGGAAAACUAACUCUAACAUCCGAGGAGAUGGAUGAGGCAUCUGCUGCUUACCAGUCAGCUGGAUUACUCACGAAGAUGUUUGUUUACCCACGCCAGACAGCUACAGUCAUUUUUGACCAGAGCCUUGAGUGGGCAUCUAAAGAAGGACUUGGCUUCGUCACCUCUAUGGUGCCUACCAACCAAAUAUAUAUUCUGGCCAUGCUGUUUGCCUACAGUUUCCUCACACCUGCCUUCAUCUUGCUGAUUGUUCCAUUAUUUGUCUUCUAUUUGUCAUCUAUUGCCCUCAUUAUAGCCACUCUUCAGAUGUUCUACAAGAAGAAAAAACAAAAGGAUGCUGCAGAUCUGGCAUCAGUAUUGCAGAAAUUUGAUGUUAACAUCGACUUGGAAGACACACAGUCUCAGUACUCAUGGAACUCAUUGACACCUUAUUGGGUCUUUUUUGGAAUUCUUCCCAUCGUAGUGAUCAGUUUUGCUCUGUCGAAUAAAGCCUACAUACCUUGUUCAGAAUUCUUUGUUAUUGGGACGGGUAUGGCAAUAUUCUGUUUUAUUGGUCUGAGUGAUGAGUAUGACAAACUCACAUUUCUCCUUUUGUUUGCCAACACAGUUGCCUCCCUGCCUGUAUUUUUUCACAAUUUUCCUGACAUUCUGCUGGUUGCCAGAGUGAUUCAAAUUCUCACUCAGCCCUUCUUCAGCUUUAGUUUGGGUCCAUGGAUGAAGUUCAACUUAAGUAUCCCAUCAGUCUUCUACAUGGUUAUUCCAGUGUUCUUUCUUCGUCUGGCAAUGAAAAAUUCCUGGAGUGGUAUGUACAGAAUAGUGGUGCCUCAUUUAGUUUGUUAUUUUUGGUGGAAUGUCAUGACAGCCUUUUACCCCUUUACAACAUGGAAAGGACUAGCAAGAGCUACUGCUGGAUAUCUCCUACUGCCCUUUCUUCUGCCUCUUGGUGUCCUUGUGGUCUUUGGGUUGAUUUUAUACCUGCUAUACCUUCUGUUUCAAACCCAAGUCUUUGGUAAGCUGUUUGUUACAAUAAUAUUGCUGUCCAUCCCAUUACUUUUGACUCAGACUAAAUCAAUUUUUGGUAACAAAGCUAACAAGUCAUUAGGUAGUGCCAGGAAAGUCAUCAUGGGCAUAUUUUCUGCCCUUGCUAUAGUCUCCAUGAUAUUUAUACAAAUUCCUCAGCUUACACCCCCAAAAACAUUAGAGUUGUCUUGGGAAGAUUACAAGCUUGUUUGUGUGCCUACUUCCUCUGAAAAUGUGCCUGCUUAUCAGAUUCGUUGUGCACAAUUUUCUGGCACAAAAGUCACGUGGAAAGGAAAAUGGAUGUGGUCCAAGAUCUCUAAAAUUGAGAACACAGCAGAAAGCGUUCUCAAUGCUCUCCCUAGCUUCAUCUCCAGACCAUUGUAUUGCAUUUAUGGAGAAAGAAGACCAGACUGUGACGAGACUUCAAUGCCCAAGGAUACCUUCCGACAUUGCAAGCUUAUUGAGUCAGCAGGCCAGUCAUGUCAUGUGCAAAAUCACAAUGUGUACAGUUUCCAAAUAGGAGUUAACAUUGAAAAUGCCACAGUUUUUCUUGAAGCAGGUAAUGGAUUUCUGUCUGUAGUAAUGGCAAUGAAGAAUGAAAAUGAAGUAGAGUUCACAGGGUCCCUUGUUGGUGGACUAGGGACGUCAACUCCAUCUAUAAAACUUAUUAAAGUACUGAAUCGUGAAAUGGCAGAAAUAAUGAACAAUGAACAAGAGGAGGAUGAGCAAUUCUAUACCAGGAGCUUCAAAGAUGCUGCUAGGGUCACAUUUAACUUUUUCUUUUUCCCAGUGUUUGAAUAUUCUGCAUUUUAAAUGAUUUUUAAUUUUCAGUGGUGCUGCUGCUUUGUAAAGCUAGCCUGUUUCAGAGAGAGCCAAUUUAGUGUUUGCGUUUCCACUAAAUGGCUUUAUUAUUCCUUUGAUGCUAAAGGGUGUUUGAAUUUUGCUGUGGGUAGAAUAAGAUUACUUUUUAUAUUAUUGGUUGAACAUCUGAUUGUUGGAGGAAAUUUUCAGGUUUAAUGCAUCACAAUUAGAGUUGUGUAAAAAUCUCAUAGAUUUUACCAUAUUGUUACAGCAUAUAGAUCUGAACAAUGAAGUAUUUGUUUAAAUCUUUAUACAUUGUGAUGUGAUGCAUACUGGAGCAUGUAAAUAUUUUAAAAAGUUUUCUUCUCUCCAUCAGACAAAUUAAAUAAAUUUGCAAGGAAAGAAUGAAAUAAAGCAUUUUUUACUUGUAACACUAUACAUACAUUUUAAAAAUCAGCAAUAGAAGCUUAAAUUUUGAUGUGUUAAUGCAUCUUUUAUUUAAUUACUUACAUCAGUAGGAAAAAAAAAAACAGGAGUAAUUUUUUCUCACAUAACUUUCCUGUUAAGACUGUGAAAAGUAUAGCUUUGACUGUGCUGUUGAUCUUCUUUGCAUAUCAAAAAGUUUAAGAAAUGUUUUGAAUAAGCACGACGAUCAGAUUAGGUGCUGAAGCCUGGGGACCUUUCCUCCGGCAUCAAGGAUGUAAUCAUGCUUUGACUUUGCAACUUAAAAUAUUUUUUGAAAAAGUACACACAGCAAAUAUAGCCUUUUUUGAAAGAAUAUGCUCAUUCUGGCAGAUUAAAGUUUCAUUAAUAAA